CGCACCGGGCUGACGUGGCCCGGGCCCGGCACGGACAUGGCGGACGGCAGCAGGCAGAGCAAGCUGGCGGCGGCCAAGAAGAAGCUGAAAGAAUAUCAGCAGAAGAAUAGCCCUGGCUCAGCAGCCGGAGCCAAGAAGAAACGCAAAGGUAAAGAAGGAAGUAGGCCAGAGACGCCAACUCAAGAUGGCAGAGAGUCCCCUGAAAAUAUUCAGAACAUUCUGAAGGUGCUGGUGUCAGACCUUAACCGCUCCAAUGGGGUAGCCAUACCUUCAUUGGACAAGAGGAAGGCAUACUGUGAUGGUGAUGUUGCCACUCAUAAUGCUGAACAACUCGCUGCUGGCGCUCCCACAUUGUCUAACAGCAACAGUUUGCCUAGCUCUGCCGCUCCAAGUCCUGGUAGCAUGCAGCUGUCACAGAUCUGUGACUCUGAUCAUAAAAAUGCUUUGGAAGGAAAUAGGUCCCUCUCAUUGACGGAGAGUCUCCGCCAGCUCUCUGAGCAGCUUAACGGCAUGGUCAAUCAGCCCACGGCUUAUGUGAAUGGGGAAAAUGCCACGUCUUCCACAGACAUGAAAGUGAUGGCGACACGUUACCAGGAGCUGGCAGUAGCCCUAGACUCCAGCAAUCUAACAAACAAGCAGCUCAGUUCAGAGAUAGAGGAACUGAAACAGCAGAACGUAUUAGCAAUGGAUCAGCUGGAAAAGGAAAAGAAGGGGUUUGAGCAGAAAUUUUCAAAGGAGCAAGGGGCAUUGCGAGAACAGCUACAGGUCCACAUUCAGACCAUAGGAAUCUUGGUUUCUGAGAAAUCGGAGCUGCAGACAGCCCUUGCGCAUACACAGCAGGCCGCUCGGCUGAAGGCAGGAGAAGCCGAGGACCUGGCUGCCCGGCUGCAGUCCUCUCGCCAGAGGAUAUCUGAGGUGGAGCACACACUUUCCUCCCUCUCUGCUCAGCAGAAGCAUGCAGAGAAGCAUAACAAAGAACUGGCAAAGGAACGAGAUGCUCUGAAACUGGAAGUGUACAAGCAGAGUAAAAGUGGCGAAGAACUCAAGCAGCAGAACUCUGAACUGUCGGAAAAGCUGCGCAGCCUGAUCUCUCAGAACUCGGCCAUGAAGCUGGACGUGGAGGAUUUGCACAAGAAACUGGAAAUGGCGGAGCUGAUGAUUCAGCAGUUUGCAAGCCAGCCAGGAGUCCCGGACGCCACUCAGCAGAUGCAGAUGGUGCUGGAAGAAAAAGCCAGCUUAGAAGCGCAAAUUGCCCAGCUGUCCGAGUCACUCCAGCAACUGCAGGCUGAGCGGGAUCAGUAUGUCCACAAGCUGAAGGAGGAAGGGGGAGUCUGGCAGCAGCGAGUCCAAAUGCUCUCUGAGCAGGUCUGCACUUUGACGGAAGAAAAGGACUUGAACAUCACUCGAAUCCAGGAGCUGGAAGACAACCUUUCUGAGUUGCUCAGCAGCCAGGCUGUGAAGCCCCCAGAGAGUGAGCCUGCACCCCCUGCGGGACCCACAGAGGCCGAGUUGCGCUUGCAAGGAGAGCUCGUCCGGCUGCAGCAGGAGAAGGAGGCGCUUCACGGGCAGUGCCAAGCCCAGGUGCAGGACAACAAGCAGCUGAGCCGCCUCAAUCAAGAGCAAGAGGAGCGGCUGCAGGAGCUGGAAAAGGCGCUGCAGCGCUACAGCGAGGAGGCGGUGGACCGGCACCAGCUCCUGGAGGACAUGCAGAGCGACAAGGCAACCAUCAGCCGGGCCUUGACCCAGAACCGGGAGCUGAAGGAGCAGCUGGCUGAGUUGCAGAAUGGGUUUGUCAAACUGACCAAUGAGAACAUGGAGGUGACCAGUGCCUUACAGUCGGAGCAGCAUGUGAAGAAGGAGCUGGCCAAGAAGAUUGGGGAGCUGCAAGAGAAACUGGCUGAGCUCAAGGAGACGGCGGCUGAGAAGACGCAGGAGGCUCAGACCCUCCAAGCACAGCGGGAUCAGUACUACACCCACCUCCAGCAGUACACGGCCGCCUACCAGCAGCUAGCCAUCGAGAAGGAAGAGUUGCACAAACAGCACCUUCUUCAGACGCAGCUCAUGGACCGCCUGCAGCACGAGGAGGUCCAGGGCAAAGUCACUGUGGAGAUGCACCUCAAAGAGCUGCAGCACGCAAAGGAAAGCCUGGAGUCGUUUGCCAAAGAAAACAGGGAGCUGCAGGCCCAUGUCAGCCAGCUCACGGCAGAGCUGGACGGACAGAUGCUUCCCAGGGCGCAAGGGGACGGAGUGGAAACCGAAGAGGCUGUCGAGGACCCGAAGACUCUUCCACUCACCAUCCCAGAGGAUUUUGGAAGUCGAGAGGAAAUGGUGGCCUUCUUGACCUCUGCCGUGUCCCAAGCGGAGACUGAGCGCGAGGAGAUGAGGCAGCGACUGGCCGAGCAGAAGAGGCAAUGCAGAGGCCUCCUGCAGCAGGUGGCUUCGCUCAGGAAGGAGCCAGAGCUGCACGUCGCUUCGGGAGCUGGUUCUGCCGCAGGUUCCGUUCCGGAGGAGGUUCACGAAGCCUUAAAAAGUGCCAUGGAGAAGUUGCAGUCCCGAUUCACAGACCUGAUGCGUGAGAAGGCAGAGCUGAAGGACCGGGUGGAAGAGCUGGAACACCGCUGCAUACAGUUGUCCGGGGAAACAGACACUAUAGGCGAGUAUAUUGCCCUGUACCAGAGUCAGAGGGCGAUCCUCAAACAGCGCCACCGAGAUAAAGAGGAAUACAUCAGCCGACUGGCCCAGGACAAAGAGGAAAUGAAGAUGAAGCUGCUGGAACUCCAGGAACUGGUGAUGCUCUUGGUGAGCGAGAGGAACGAAUGGUACGCGAAGUACCUGGCUGUGACUCAGAAUGAAGAGCCGCGGUCUGACCUGGAGAUCGAGGCCGCCAUGAUUGCGGAGAGGUGCCUUGAGCUGAACGCCACUGAUGGGGAAGGAUUGCGCGAAGUGAGUUUGACUGACGAGCCGGAGCAGGGAUCUGCCGCUCCCAAAGCCCACCCAUCCCACAUCGAUGGCAAAGGCCUCCCGCCGGCUCCUCAAGAUCCCACCGCUAAGCAGAUCAUGCAGCUGCUACGUGAAAUCCAGAACCCCCGGGACAGGCUGGGCUCCCUCUUGGAAAACCCCUGCAUUCCCUUCUUCUACCGGGCCGACGAGAACGAUGAAGUCAAGAUCAUGGUGGUGUAACCUGGUACGGAGUCGGCGAGGGAUGCAAAGGGCCCUGCGUUGUUUUCUGUCCUGCGUGCCUGGGCUGCGGCAAAGGGGUCACACGCGGCCCGAGCUGGGCGGGACGUGAGGGCCGGGCAUCCGUGGCCUAGUCCUUCCCCAUGCCUGUUCCUGAAAGAAUCAAGUAGGGCCAUCAAGUGAAGCUGAGGGAGAAGGCUUGGUUCUCCUGGCUUCUGUGGGCCAGUCCAUUUCUCAGCCCAUGGCUUUGUUCCACUUACCACAGUAGCCACUUGUCCAUUAUCUUCCCAUAUUUUAUUCCAAGGCUAGACAGUAUGGGGUCUCCUUGUGUCCCGCCACGGAUCUCAGCCCUUCUGCUUUACGGCACAGCCUGCCUCAUACCGGAACCUCCCAGCCUCCAUCUUUACCCCCCACCCUCCAAAAGCAAACAGGUUGGCCAACUGCCUUUCUAGGCUUUGGUGUCUUGUGUUUUCCAGUUACGCUUUUGGGUUGUGCUUCUGGCUACUUGGAGCAGGUGAUCUGAGGGUGGGAUGCCUGCACUUUUGAAGGUUGACGUACUUUGCCGUCUGUUUUGGAUGAUUUUAUUUAUUUUUAAAGAUGGGGAAGCCUAGUUUAAAAAAGGAAAAGCAAAUCACUGAAAAACAAACAAACAUGCUUUCGUCUUGAUUUCUGGACUCUCAGUGACCUGUAACUGGAUUUCCCUUCUGUCCGACACUGAGCCUGGGAUAUUUGGAAUAAAGUUUUUUUUAAUCUUGCAAGCCCUAGUAUGGAACUAGGCAGAAGAGUUCUAUGAAGGCGUGUAUCUUGUCUACUACGGUGUGUUGAAAAUGGCAUUGCGGAUGUGUGCAUGAGGGACAGGGACAAGGAUUCGCUCUGAACGUGCGCCCGAGUCCUCCUCGGGAGGCCUUCUGCGGGAGAACGCUCUGCACAUUUGUACAUAGGCAGCAUAAGUUGUUGGCUGGUGAUGAUGUAGGUGCCCUUGUGUAGCUGCAAUCCGGCGUUGGAAGUGCAGCCGCUAGCAAGACAGGCAGCUCAGUUGUCUGCAUUUCACUUCUCUGCAACGCAUUCUGCCAGUCGCUUAUGUAAUGGGAUUUCCCCAUCUUUCCAUCACAGCCCUUUCUUUCUGGUAGAACCUGCUACAGACAGUCUGCCCAAAGCCGAAAAGCACACAGGGAAAUUCCCUAAUACAUAGCUUCUUCCCCGUCCCUGCCCAGUUUUCCAGCGCAGCACGAUUGUAGGCGAAAUCACUGCACUCUUCCAUGCUCUAGAGAGCUUCAUGUCCCCCGGGGGACUCUUGAGGGCAAAUCAGAAAAGACAUCCAAGGAAUUGGCACAGCCAUGAUUUUGAUUGUCAGUGUUACUCCCUCAGUGCGUUGUGUCGGGGCACUAGCAAAAUGAGCUUGAGAGCUCCUGUUUGCACGAGUGUACAUAGUGUAUCUGUGUAACAUUUUGUAUAUACCUUGAAUAAAGAAGAGAGGUAUCCUUUGGCAGCAUUUCUGGCUGCUGGAAGGCAACUCGUAACCUUGUAUUAUAAGAAAAAGAAAUUAUCUAACUUCAACAGGGUUGGGGGGUUGGGCAGGAAUGUGAUUUAAUACGGAACAUUGUUAAAUAUUUAUUGGGUCUCUGGUUUCGAGGAACUUGAAAGGAAAACACUUAUUAGAGAAAUCUUGCAUUCGAUUGCAGAGGUAAUUUAAUCCUGUUACAAAUUUGUUCUCUCCGAAUAAACCUGUUCCCACCUAGCA